AUGAAUAAAGUGAUGCAAACUCAAUGCUUUUUUAAGCGUAGCGACCAUAAAGAUUUUAUUUUAACUGCACGACCGGAGAAGUUUGUGGAAAAGUACUUGUAUUAUAUGGAACAGAUGGAAAAAAAUAAGAAAUCAUUUGCAGAGAUCAAUUACGAUGAUGAAGUGGAAAAAGACGAAGUAAAUGAAUCCUUAUCUGAAUUUGACAAUUCUGGAAUGUCAAACUAUUUUCACUUUCACGUGUCAGUGAAUAACGCUAGGACGGUUACAAAAAAAAUUGUAAAUCUGAAUGUUGUUUACAUGGGACGUCUGAGACGCGAUUUUUAA